AUGGCCUUCAAGUGUGAAGAGUGUGGCAAGAAGUACAACACCAAGCUAGGCUAUAAGAGGCACUUGGCUCUUCAUGCAGCCACCAGUGGGGACCUUACCUGUAGGGUAUGUGCCCAGGAGUUUGGCGGUACUGAAGUUUUAUUGGAACACCUCAAAAGCCAUGCAGGGAAACCAACUGGCAAUACCAAGGAAAAGAAACAUAAGUGUGAUCACUGUGAGCGUCAUUUCUAUACCCGUAAAGAUGUGCGGCGUCACAUGGUAGUUCACACAGGCUGCAAAGACUUUCUAUGCCAGUUUUGUGCCCAGAGGUUUGGGCGGAAGGACCACUUGACUCGCCAUACUAGGAAGACUCAUCCACAAGAACUGCUGAAGAGCAGGUUGCAGAACGGUGACUCAGUGGGUCUCCUUGACCAGCUUUUUCCAUUCAGACUGAAGGAAGAUGCCAGCAUACUGUCCCCUUUUCCUGAAAGGGUUUCUGUGCAGAAUGGGAUUUUGAAUACUUCAGAAUCAGAGGAAUACAACUGUUCACAUCUUCAUUCCCAGCCAAACUUACAAACUGCUCCUCCUCUUGAACCUUCUCCUCAUUUGCAAAGGAUGGGCUGUGCAGACAGCCUUCCAGCUGUCCAUCCCACACCAUGCUCAACAGCUGUUCCUGCCAACCUGAACCUUCAUCAGCCUAAUAAAUAUGACCCUAGUUCUACCUCAUUUGCAGCAGGAUCCCUCAAAAAUCUACCGAUAAAAGUGGAUGUUAAAGGUUACAAUGUGCAUCUUCUUGAGGACCUGCCAUUACCAGAACCUCAGUCUCUCCACAAAAUCAGUCUGGAAGAAGCUUCCUCAGGGCCUGUAGGGGAUAAUAACAAGUACCCAGUGCACAAGGAGACAGAGGCAGCAGCUGAAACUACGAGCCUGGCUUUCAUGGAUCUCACUCAUGUGAUGAGUUUCUGGCAGCUCCCACCAAGUGACAACCAGAACACUACUGGGGACAUCACAGCAGCAUUUGGACCAGAGGAACCAUCACACAGGCUGAAUGGCCUCGGCCAACAGCAAGGUCUUCAGCUAGCAACUGGUGGGAUGGCCAUAAGCCAGCUGCAUCAUCUUCCUCGCUCCUUUCCAUCCACUACAAAUUCUGUAACGUUGCCUCAUUUUCACCAUGCCUUCAAAUAA